GCCGGAACAAGGCGCGUACUUCGAGACAUUAUUUGGGUUCUGAUAUCUGAAAAAGAACAUUGAACCUCUUUUAAUUUCAAUUUUGACCAUAUAUAUAAUACCCCUAUAUAUCUAUCAUCUAUCAAACUGUCAAUAAUCCAGUAUAACAAGGGUUGCGAGCCGCCGAUAGUUACAACUCAGCAUGCCUUCGCCACGGCGCAUCAAAGUCCUCCUGGCUGCUGUUUGCACAUUGAUAUUUGUGUAUUUAUAUUUCUCGAGCGAUGCAAGCGGGAUCCAAGACCAGAAGUUCUACCGCUCUACGGUAGAAGCCAUGAAAGUCAAGGAAGCAGAGAAACAUUCGGCGCUAGAGAAAGGGGAUAAAACGGUGUUUCCGAAACUGCAGCCGGCGCAGCAGGUACAACAGCCUGUCGAUAAAGAGGCCGUGGCAGCAAAUGCUCAAGCCAUGAAGAACACCGUCAACACCCCCUCUUCUUCUUCCAAGGGGGCCAGCGAGCAGAGUGAGGAGAUGGAGGAGAUAUCGAUUGCCGGGAGGACGAAGAUGACGGUUCCAAAACAAAAGGAUACAGAGUCAAAGGAUGUCACCAAAGAGCAAGGAGCAGGAGAUGACGCCAAGAAAGAGGAAAAGAAAGAGCAAGAGAACGACGCUUACCACCAGGCUAAGGACGAGCUGAAUACUAUCUUCAAGCGAUCGCCGGUGAUCAUCUUCUCAAAGUCUUACUGCCCCUACAGCGCCAAGGCAAAGAAUAUACUUCUCCAGAGGUAUUCAAUCGUUCCCGCACCGUACGUUGUCGAAUUAGACCUACACCCUCUUGGUCGGGAGCUCCAAGCCGUUCUGGCCGAGAUGACUGGUCGUCGUACGGUGCCCAACGUCCUGGUCAGCGGGACGAGUAUCGGGGGCGGAGAUGACAUGGUUGCUCUUGAUCAGAGCGACAAGCUAGCAUCAACGUUCAAAUCACUUGGAGGGAAUUGGAUAGCGGAAGUGAAGCGCAAAGACCCAGAGCCAGAAUCAAAACAAGACUAGGACUCCCGUGGGCUACAUUCCUUGCACCUUUUACAAAGCCCAUUCUAUGUAAAUCAUUUUUAGGUAGUUAUAGUGGGAAGUUGCACAUAUUACUUCAAGUUUAAUC